AUGAAAGAUCAUCAACGCCAAAGUUCGGAUAGAAUCAGCAGUCUCCCUGAUGAUAUAAUUGAAAAAAUUCUUGCUUUUAUACCAAUCAGAGAUGCAUUGAGGACAAGCAUUUUGUCAAAAAAAUGGAGGUACUGCUGGACAGGCAUGCAAAAACUUGUAUUUGAUGACAGGCUCAUUAAUGUAUCAUCUGAUAUGGGAGUAGUCAAAAAAUAUAAGCUUGUCAUUACCAUAUUCCAUGUUUUGUUGCUACACAAGGGUCCGAUAUCGGAACUCUAUAUUCAUAUCUCCGAUGAAGAAAUUGUUAAUGAGAUUGACCAGAUAAUACUUCAUCUUUCACGGAGCAAGAAUAUCAAGAAAUUCAUUUUUGAAGUUUAUCGAUACGAUGAAUAUUACAAGUUACCGUGUUCAUUCUUUUCAUUACAUGGAUUAGAACACCUAUCUCUCAAAUAUUGUGUAAUUGAGAUCCCAUCAAUGUUUAAUGGAUUUAGUAUGUUGAAGAGCCUGAUAUUUUACGAGGUUGACAUCAAUGCCACUAUGCUUCAGCGAUUCCUUAUCAGUUGUCCACUACUUGAGGAAUUUACAUGGAUUGGACGUUAUGUUACAGACUUUAUAGGAGACAACAAGUGUACAUUUGUUGACUUGUUUAAGUGUUUACCUUCAGUUCAAGUUGUGAACAUCUCUAGGUUUUAUAACAAGGACUUCUAUGCAGGUGGUAUGUCACAAAAGCUCCCCACUCCACUAGUCUACUUGAGGAUACUUGUUCUUCAAGUAUGUUUUCAUAAACUAGAUGAGAUUUCAUCCACUCUCUGUGUGAUCAACAGCUCCCCAAAUUUGGAGAAGAUUAAAUUUAAGAUGCUUGGUUAUGUUAGACAAACUUUCAAUAUGAGUUUGCUUGAUUCUCAAGACUAUCCGGGGCUCAACUUGGAUCAUCUUAGGGAACUGGAGAUUACAAGUUUCCAUAACUAUGCUCCUGAAAUGGAGUUUGUGAAGCUCAUCAUGGCUAAGUCGCCUCUGCUUAAGAAAGCACGAAUAGAGCUUGAUAAUUCUAUUUCUGUUGAUAUAGAAGUUAAGAUGUUACAAGAUUUGGUACUACAGCCAUUUCCACGUGCAUCAACAUCAGCCAAGUUCAUUAUCGAACGCCCUAAAAAAUUACCUGUGAAGGCAAAUUAA